CCUGCAGCCUCUGUGGAUGAGAGCUCGUCCAGCGCCUCCUGCUCCACAGAAGUGCUGGCUGUCAGCUCCCAACCCCAGACCCGCCUCAGCAGGGCGGCAGGACAGCAAGCACGCAUAGACACACAGCAGGCCCAACAUGCUCCACACACCCAGACCAGGCUAAGCCGCUCAAGACAGUCAGGGAGGCAGAGGAAGAAAGCAGUCAUGAUGCCUCGCGUUGUCCUCACUCCUCUUAAAGUGAAUGGAGAGCAUGUUCCCUCAGGUCCCAUGAAGAGGAGUCGGGGAGGGGUGGAUGUAGAUUUUGAAACACCAGGCUCAAUCCUGGUCAACACCAACAUCAGAGCCCUUAUCAAUGUGCGUACCUUCGCAGCCUUCCCAGUACACUCGCAACAGCAGCUGCUGCAGCUGCUGCCUGAGGUGGACAGACAGAUUGGGCCAGAUGGUAUGGCCCGACUGAGUAGCUCAGCUCUCAACAAUGAGUUCUUCACCCAUGCCUCCCAGAGCUGGAAAGAAAGGCUGGCUGAGGGUGAGUUCACCCACGAGAUGCAAGUGCGUUUCCGACAGGAAAUGGAGAAAGAGAAGAAAGUAGAGGCUUGGAAGGAAAAGUUUUUUGAAGAGUACCACGGGCAAAAGUCUGGCCUGACACAAGAGGAGUCCCUGAAGCUCACCAUGAGUGAAGCCGGUGAAGCUGCAGCCGGCGUGCUGGACGCUGACGUGGCUGUGGUGGCAGCUGGGGCCCCCAAGAGACGCAGCGUGGGUCGGCGAAGGAGAGAUGGCAGGAUGAGGAGACGCACAAGAGCUGACCUGCGUCGGAGGGCCCGUCGGACCCUCUGCAAGGCCCCUCCCCCUGCUCUGCAGUCUGCAGUCGCCGCUGAGCCCAGCCCUGAACUGGACCUCCCAGCAGAUUCUAUUGGCUCUCCCAUGUCCGACAACACGGUCAUUCAAGGAGAGGUGGUGCUGCAGGCUGAGUGCGGUGUGGAGCUCCCUGCUGAGAGUCCCUCCAUAGAGACAAAGACCCCCCCCACUCCAGAGCCAGUCAUAUUGUCAGCCUCCACUCCCACCCCUACUCCCAGCCCAGCCGCCACCAGUGCAAACGAGGAGCCUGAGGCUGCGUCCCGCCUGCUCCCAGAGGAGAAUGCGCUUCUACUGGCUUCUACCUCCUCACCUUCCUCCUCCUCCUCCUCUUCUUCGUCUUCAGCCUCUUCGCCUGUCUCCUCUCCCUCUUCACCUUCUGAAACACAGGGAGCCUUCGCCACAGGCCUGGACUCUUCCUCCUCCUCCUCCUCCUCCUCCUCAGCAUCCUCCAGUGCUGCAGUCGCCGCCGAUCCUCUGGAUGACACUGCCUCUGUUGUCACCUCCAUCACAGGGGGGACGGCCACCAGCAGCCGUGAGAGCAGUCCAUCAGCCAGCCCAGCCCCCACCCCUGCACCCAGCGCUCAGCUCAAGGAACAGAAGAGAAGGCCCGAUGAGGCCCAGGCCUUCUCCAGCUUCCCCGAAAAAAGGCCGCGGAUUGAGGACCGUCAGUCCUUUCGUACCACAAUUGACGGUGUCCGUACGGAGAAGCCGCAGCAGACAACCGAAGAGCCCAAGGUGCCACCUAUCCGGAUUCAACUCUCCAGAAUCAAACCCCCCUGGGUCAAAGGUCACCCAACCUACCAGAUCUGCCCCCGCAUCGUGCCCCCCGGCGAGGGCUCGCGGCCGUCGGGGACGGGCGGUGCGCGGACCCUUGCGGACAUCAAAGCCCGCGCCCAGCAAGCCCGGGCCCAGCGGGAGGCCGCUGCUGCUGUUGCAGCCUCUAGCGAAGGGGCAGGGCCGGGGGUCCGGCUGCGGCCUGCUGCUGGGCUACCGGAUUGCAGCAAUGGACGACGAGCGAGAGAGCAUCCAGGACCUAUCGAGCCCGGAGGAGGAGGAGGAGGAGGAGGAGGAGGAGGAGGAGGAGGAAGAGGAGGAGGAAGUAGUAGUAGUGGAAGAAGGGGAGGUGGUGGGGUGGAGGAGCAGGGAUCGUCUUCAGGCUCUAAUACGUCAGGAACACAACUACAGUUUCACAGUGUAGAGCCCCAGCCCUCCCCUUCCCUGUCCACUACCUCAACCUCUUUGUGUUCGGAGGCCCCACAGACCCCAAGCUCUCCUCCAGAGGAUGCAGCUGGAGGGCCAGAAACUGGAGAGGAAGUAGAAGCAACAUCAACUAAUGUCCAGAAUUCCUCCAAAAGUCCUGAAGACAAGGCACCUGACUCCGCCUCUCCAAAGCCUACGGCGAUGGAGUCUCCUGCAGCCAUCUCAGAGAUGGCUGAACAUGGUUCCAUAAAACCUCCACUGACCCCAACCUCCAUCCCGGAUUCCCUUCCUAGGUUUGGAGCUCAGGGUGUGGAUGUUAUACAGACGCUGGCCAGCUCUUCUCGGGCCAAAGAUCUGGCACAGGUGAAGGACUCUGGACUGGGCGGUGUAAUCCAGCAUGGUUCCCACCAUGUGGAGCACCAGGAUGUGUUCUCUCCCUCCACAGGGAGGAGGCAAACAGAAGCUCAUUCCUCUGGUGGAGAGAAAGAGUACGAGACUGGGACGCAUAGUGACUCCACGGAAACGGCCUCAGACUGUGAGGAUGAGCAGCAGCCUGACGGGGACUGGGGCCCCCCACUGAGCAUCCAGAGAAACAGCCAGCUGGUCAUCUACAGCCCUCCCCCAAAGAACCAUCAGCCGGUCAUCCAGGCCCACGUGUCCAACCGCCAAGGUCAGACUGUCAUCCAGCCGUGCUUCCCCAAUGGCCUGCCUCACCCUCAGCACAGCAGCCCCCACUCCCAGGACUACCAGUCUCUCCCCACAGCCCAUCAGCAGGGGUUAGAAGAUGGCGUUGUGAUCAAACUUGAGUCUGGAGAGGAGUGUCGGGAAGUUGUGAAGCCCUCAGCUGCAGCUGCCUCCAGGAGGAUGGCCAGCUCAGCUAGAGCAGUUUCCAGUGUGGAGGCCAACAAUCCUCUUGUUACUCAGCUCCUGCAGGGCAGUCUGCCCCUGGAGAAGGUUUUACCCUCACACUCUGCCAACAGGCUGGAGAUCAGCCGAUUUCCAGGGCCCCAACCCCCACCACCAGGGUCACGGACCCCAGGGCUUAGCCACAGGCCUGAGGGCUCAGUCCAGUCUUCUAGCCCUGAACUGAACGCAGUCUCUCAGAUCCACAACAAGUCUCCUACAGGUCGUCCAGUCUCCUGUCUGAUAGAGACACCAGCAGGGCAGUACCAGGCUCCGCAAGCCCCCGGGGCUGUCGCGGUCAUCACCUCUCUGCCCCCCCCCUCAUCCUCCAGCUCUUUGUCCUCCAGGAGUAAGUCAGACCUUGAGACUGCUGGGGGGUCUGUGGUUAUAAAAGACUCUCAUGGCCAUCAGUCUUCCCAGGGGGUCACUCCAGACAGGCCCCAGCAAGCCCACAGAACCACGCCCAAUGGACCCUCUCCUCACCAUGCAGACCCAUGUCCCACAGAGGUGGUGCCUACCAUUAAGAUUAACUGGGGGCCCCCGCAGUCUCAGUCUCCUGCUUCCACCAUAAAGAAUGAAGUGGGUGCACGGCCUGCUUGUCAGGCUCUCUCCAAAUCCUCCCCCAUCAAACCCAUGAGUGUUACCAAAAAAGAGCCCGGGAGCUCUAUGGACGGCUACCUGAGCGGGGGGGCGAUGGAGGGACUCCUCAACAUGGAGAUGACUUUAGCAAGGAUGGCAAAGAAAGAGCACAGCAAGGCUAGCUACUCCUCUGGCUCUCCCUCUUCCUCUUCCUCCUCCUCCUCCCCCUCCUCUACUGCCUCCACCCUUCCCUUUCAGCUCUAUGGGAAGCUCCCCAAACACGGUGGAGGAGUCAGCUACACAGCCAAUGUUUCAGUGAUGGACAGCGGAUUCUCGCGCAGCAUGGCGGACGGAGUUCUGCAGCUGCGCCCCCGUCAGACCACCCUCAGCAUCCAGGCCUACACUGACAGUACUGCGGAGGAGGUGGCGCUCAAGUGCUCGUGCCGCCUCAAAGCCAUGAUCAUGUGCCAGGGCUGCGGUGCCUUCUGCCAUGACGACUGCAUCGGGCCCUCCAAACUGUGCGUGUCGUGCCUGGUGGUCAGAUAGGGUGCUGCAGCUUCAGCAGGUCAGGCUCAGUGUACAGGACCGGGGAGCCUGACGGCAGGACCUGCCUUGUAUUAUAGAAUUGGUCUGUAUUUUUUGUUGUUUAAGAUUUUCAGAUUUUUUUUUAGCUGUACUUAUAUAUUAUUAUUGUUGUUGUUGUUGUUGUUGUUGUUAUUAUUAUUAUUAUUAUUAUUAUUAUUAUUAUUAUUGUGAAUCUGAGGCAUGGUUGAUUGUAAAUUGUGCCUUUUUUGUUUUCUUUCCUCAAAAACAUUUACCUCAUCUCAUCUUGCUACACCUUUCAUCAAUUGGUGGUCAUCAUUGUUUUGGUCCCUUGUGUCCUCAGCGGACGGGGACCUGUUGUUGUCUUUGCGCAAAGAAAUAUUUUUUUAAACCAUUAAAAUGAGUAAAUAAAAUCGU